UUUUGCUUUCCCCACGACAACGACAUGUCCGCUGUAGCUCGCGCCGUCCGCACCUUCGCGUCCUCCUCCCGCGUCAGCAGCACGCCUGCCGCCGCCAAUGGUCUUGCCGCACAGAAGAAUGUCUUUUUCGACAUCACCAUUAACGCCAAGCCAACGGGGCGUAUUGUGUUCAAGCUCUUCGAUAAGCAAACACCACGGACCGCCAAGAACUUCCGCGAGUUGUGCACAGGUCAGAAUGGCUUCGGGUACAAGAACAGCGGGUUGCACCGAAUCAUUCCCCAGUUCAUGUGCCAAGGUGGAGAUUUCACGAACCACAACGGGACUGGAGGGAAGAGCAUCUAUGGGGAAUACUUCAAGGAUGAAAACUUCGAGGCGAGGCACAACCGUCCCGGUCUUCUAAGCAUGGCAAACCGAGGGCCCCACACGAACGGAUCGCAAUUCUUCAUCACCACCGUCCCCACACCUCAUCUGGACGGCAAGCACGUGGUAUUUGGUGAGGUGCUUGAGGGAAUGAACGUCGUUGAGGCGGUCGAGGCCAUGGGCUCCAUGUCCGGAACACCCAAAGCGAAGGUUGUCAUCGCCGAUUGCGGUGUCGUUGAGGAAUCGUAGACUUUCCUAACCCCUCGUAUACUUAUCUUUACCUAGCCCUGCUCUCAAAAUAAUACGGCGCACAGUUGUCACA